AUGACCAUGAUGAAUAAUAAUAAUAUUGUUAAUAAUGAUAAUGGGACUAUAAGUAUAACAAGCAGUUUAUUAAGUAACAAUGAUAAAAAUAUGAAUAUAAAAUCUAAAUUGGGAAUAAAUAAAAAUGGCAACAUUGGUGGUGGGUUGCAUGAAUCUUAUCAAAAGUCAAUGCUAUCCUCAUAUAAUAUGAGCAAUGUUCCCAUGCCACCAAUAAAUUAUCAUGCUAAUAAUAAUGUAAUGAGUAGAUAUAACCCUAUGAAUUAUUCAUUACAAGAAAUGAAUCAAAAUAUGCAAAUGACUAAUAAUAAUAUGAAACAAAAUUCUAUGCAAGGUAAUGAUUUAUUAUUAAAACAAAAUAAUAAAGAUCAAAAUUAUAUGUAUUAUCAAAGGAAUAAUUCAAAUAAUUUUAAUAAUAUGCAUGGAAAUUUUUAUCCAUAUAUGAACAAUGGGUUUUAUGGGAUGUCAUCAACAAACUGCUUUAAGCCCACAUCUACCAAUAUACCAAAUAAUAAUAAUACUAAUACUACUAAUAAUAAUAAUACAUCUAUGAAUAGUUUUAAUCAAAUAAAUGGGUCUUUUCCAUAUGAUAAUACAAUAAGAAGUGGUGUUGGCCCCAGUGCACCUCCUGGUGGUGUUAAUAAUGCUAUUUCUAGUAACAGUAAUAAUAAUAAUAAUAAUAAUUCCAAUUUUGUGAAUAAUUUAAACUCAGUAAAUUAUGGUGAUAAUAUAAAUUGUAAUUCAAUUAACAAUAUAUUAAAUAAAGAUUCUGAGAAUUUGGAUAAAUCGUCUCAAAUCAAAUCUUUAUCAAAUAACAUGAAUGUUAAUAAUUUAAAUAUGGGACAUCAUGUUAAUAAUACUGCUAUUACAAGCGGUACAAAUAACAAUAGUAAUAAUAAUGGAAUUAAUUCCAAUGUUAAAGAUAAUAUGACCAAAAUGGCAAACAAUAAUUUUAAAGGCAUAGGAAGUAUAUGCAACAAUAUUCCUCCAUACCGAAUAAAUAGUGAUCAACAAUUAGAUAAACAACAUAAUUCUAUAGACGAUAAUAAUAAUAAUAAUAAUAAUAACACGCGAUAUCAUCCUAUGAAUAUGUAUAAUAGGAUGGAAUAUGGUUAUGAUAAUUUUAAAGAUGAGAAUAUAUUAGAUAAGGAUAAAGCUAAUAUAGAUAAAUUAAGUAAUAGUAAUAACUCAAAUUUAUUAGGUGAUAAUAAAACAAAUGCUUCUAUUUCUAAAAUUAGAAAAGGGAAUAAUAAAGAUGGUGUGAUCGGAGAUAAUAAUGGUAAUUCCAAUGGAUUAAUAAACAAUGAUUCUGAUGGUUAUAAACAAUAUAAAAAUGAGGUAGAUGGAAAUCAUAAUAAAAUGAAAGAUGGAACAGAUGGUAUGAUAAAAGAUCCUAAAUUAAAUGAUUCUGUUAAUAGUAAUGGUAAUAAUUCAUAUGCAAUGUUUCCAAAUUAUAACUUAAAAUAUCCAAUGAAUAUGAAUAUGUUUAAUAAUAUUAACCAUUUUAAUAUGAACAAUAAAAAUGGUAUAAAUAAUAUUGGAGGUGUAUCUAACAUGAAUGUAGAAGGUGGAAAUUAUCAAAGUUUUAAUUUAAUUAAUAAUAUGAGUGAUUUGAAUAGUGCAUAUAAUAAUAUGAACAAAUUACCAAAUGUUAAUAAUUAUAAUAUGAUGAAUAUAUAUAGUGAUAAUCGAUAUAAUAACAAUAAUACUAACAUACCUGUUGGUGUUAAUAAUAAUAUUAUAAAUAUGAACAAUUAUAAUAAUAUGAAUUAUAUGAAUAUGAGAUUAUUAAAUAGUCGAAAUAUUCCAAACAAUAUGAAUAACAGUGAUUUAAACACAAAUUAUAUGACAGAUGGAAUGGGUAAUCGUAUAGUUAAUCAUGAUAUGAAUAAUAAUAUGAAUGAUGGAAAUUUAAACAAUGGUAAUAAAUAUGUUAGAAAAACGGGUAUUGGGAAACAAUAUGUGAAUAACAAUGUUACAUCUGGUUCUAUGAAAAAGAAAAAUGAAACACAAAAAGAUAAGAAGAAAAAAAGAAAAAAAAAAAAUGAAAAUAAUAUACCUGAAUCAGAUGAUGAAGAAGAUAACGAUUUAUAUAUAAAUUCUUAUGUUAAAAAAUCAGCACCUAAAAAUAGUAAUGGUAAUAAAAGUUGGUUACAAUAUGAUAGUCUUGAUGAUAAAUAUACUGAAAAAAUGAAACGUAAUGAAAAAAAUGAUAUUUUUGUUUCACCAAAUAUUGGAGCAGUAGGUGGUAGAACAAAUUUAAGAGAAAGAAAAAGAGUCUAUAAUUAUGCACAAAUAGAUAAUUAUUACGAAACAGAUGAAGAAGAUAAAAAAGUUGAUGAGGAAAAAAAUUUACUUAGGCAAGAAAAACAAAGUAUGGGAGGUAUUGAUCGUGUUAUUCAUCAUCGAAAAAUAAAAGAUUGGGAUAUCAUUAAUAGUAUUAAAAAUAACCCGUUUUUGUUUAUAAAUAGGAAGAAGCCUGAACAAGGCGAGAACGCGAAUGGUGAUGCGAAUGAGAAUGCGAAUGAGAAUGGUGAUACGAAUGGUGAUAGUAAAAAGAAUGAAAAUUUAAUAGGAUCAACCGAAAUGUCAUCUGAUUCAUUAAAUGCUACCGAAACAGCUGGAACAGAUGGUGCCCCUGAUGUUAGUUGCCAUAAGAUAUUAGGAGGUGUUGAAAAUAAUGAAGAUCCAGCAUUGGAUGAUUUUUAUGAAGAAGAAGAUAUUGUAGAUGUAAAUGAAGUUGAAUUUUUAGUAAAAUGGAUAGGAAAAUCUCAUAUUCAUAAUUUUUUUUGUACUUAUGAAUAUUUAAGAUAUUUUAAUGGUGUAAAAAAAGUUGAUAAUUAUAUUAAAAAAAUUCGAUUAUCAUUCCAAAAAAGAAAAUAUAUGACAGCAGAUGAGAUUGAACAAGAAAAAAUUUAUUCUGAAAUAAAAAAACAAAUCGAAAUGGAUUCAAUACAUGCUGAAAGAAUAAUAACUCAUAGAAAAUGUGAAAUUACAAAUGAACAAUUAUUUUUAGUAAAAUGGACAAGUUGUGCAUAUGAUCAAUGUACAGAAGAAACUAAACAAACAUUAUUAGAUCAUAAUUUUGGAAAAUUAAUAGAUGAAUAUUUUGAUAGAGAAAGCAAAAUAUAUGGUCCUAAAGCAUUAUCAAGUAUAUGGAAUAGAGGCCCAUUAACUGCUACAAAAUUUGAUCCAUAUAAUGAGACACCAAGUUAUUUACAUGGAAAAAAAUUAAGAGCUUAUCAAUUGACAGGUUUAAAUUGGAUGGUUAGUAGAAUGAAAAGAAAUUUAAGUGUUUUAUUAGCAGAUGAAAUGGGUUUAGGUAAAACGGUUCAAACAAUUGCAGUUGUUGGUCAUAUGUUAUAUAAAGAAAAAUUAAUAGGACCUUAUUUAGUAUUAGUACCCCAAUCAACUGUAGAUAAUUGGUUAAAUGAAUUUAAAAAUUGGUUACCUCAAGCUAAUGUAGUAUGUUAUCAUGGUAAUGCAGUAAGUAGAGAAUUAAUAAGAACAUAUGAAUUAAAAAAAGUAUAUGUACAAAAUAGAGGAUAUCGAUAUAAAUUUGAUGUAUGUAUAACAACACCAUCUAUACUUAACAGUGUAAGUGAUGUUGAAUUAUUGAAAAGAAUACCAUGGCAAUUAAUGGUUGUUGAUGAGGCACAUCAAUUAAAAAACCGUCAAUCUAAAAGAUUUAUAGAAUUGAAACAAUUUAUGGCUGAAUCGAAAUUAUUACUUAGUGGUACACCAUUACAUAAUAAUUUGGAAGAAUUAUGGACUCUAUUACAUUUUUUAAAUCCACAACAAUAUACAUAUUAUGAGGCAUUUCAAAAAAAAUAUAACGAAAUUGAGAAUACUAGUUUAAUUGGUGAAGCUAAACAAAAACAAUUGAUGCAAUUACAACAUGAAUUACAUGAAGUAAUUUUAAGAAGAGUAAAAAAAGAUGUUGAAAAAUCACUUCCAAAUAAAGUUGAACGAAUUUUACGAGUUGAAUUAUCACCUAUACAGAUAGAAUAUUAUAAAAAUAUUUUAACAAAAAAUUAUGAACAACUAGCUAAAGCAUCAGGUGGUGCAAAAAAUUCUUUACAAAAUAUAUGUAUGGAAUUGAAAAAGGUGUGUAAUCAUCCAUUUUUAUGUUGUGAACCAAUUGAUAAAGAUGAAUAUAGAGAAAGAUUAGUAUACUCAAGUGGAAAAAUAUGUUUGUUGGAAAAAUUAUUAAUAAGAUUAAAAGAAAGAGGGAAUCGUGUUUUAAUUUUUUCUCAAAUGGUGAAAAUGUUAAAUAUAUUAAGUGAGUAUUUAACUUUAAGAGGUUUUAAACAUCAAAGAUUAGAUGGUACAAUGACAAAAGAAAUGAGAAAAAAAGCUAUGAAUCAUUUUAACAGUAAAAAUUCUGAUGAUUUUGUAUUUUUAUUAUCUACAAAAGCUGGAGGGUUAGGAAUUAAUUUAACAUCUGCUGAUACAGUUAUUAUAUAUGAUUCUGAUUGGAACCCACAAAAUGAUUUACAAGCAGGUGCUAGAGCACAUCGUAUAGGACAAACAAAAACGGUGCAAAUAUAUCGUUUAGUAACAAAAGAUUCUAUAGAACAAACUAUUUUAGAAAGAGCAAAAGUGAAAAUGGUUUUAGAUACAUUAGUUGUUCAAGGAUUAAAUAAAAAACAAAAUGAUAAUGUGAAUUUUAUUGGUGGAGAAGGUAGUAAUUCUUCUAAUGGUUUUACAAGAGAAGAAUUAUCAAAAAUUCUUAAAUUUGGUUCUCAAAAAUUAUGGGAAAAAAAUAGUUCAAAAUAUUCACCACAAGAUGGGGAAGAUGGAAAAAAUAUUAUAAAAGGUGUUGAUGUUGAUUUAGAUAAAAUUUUAGAAGAAGCAGAAGCUAAUGAAAAUACUAAUAAUGCAAAUAAAGAUAUAAAUUCUGAAUUAAAUAGUUUACAAAAUGGUGCUGCUAGUAAUUUUUUUAAUACUAAUACUAAUUUAUUUGGUAAUGGGGUUAGUGGUAAUGGUGUAAAUAAUAUUGGUGGAGGAAUUGCUGAUGAUUUAUUAAGUUCAUAUAAUAACAUUACUGAAUUUAAAUAUGAACCUCCUGAAAAUUUAAAAAGCAAUAUAUUAUAUAAUGAUUCUACAAAGCAAGGUGAAUUAGAUGUAGAGGAAAAUGAUAAAGAUUUUUGGGAUAAAACAAUACCUUUAGAAGAACGAUUGAAAUUAAAAAAAAUGAAAGAAGAAGAAUUGUUAGUACAUGGUCCUAGAAAAACUAGAACCCGAGAUGCUAGAUAUAAUCAAGGAUUAUAUUAUGAUGGUGGUGCACAUAAUAAUAAUAGUGAGGGAGAUGAUAGUGAUGAAUUUACUAUUAAAUAUACUGAUAAAUAUAAUAAAAAUUUAAAUAAAAAAAAACGAAAAAGAAGAACAUCUACACAUAUUACAGAAAAAGAUAAAUUCCGUUUGUAUAGAUCUUUACUAAAAUUUGGUAAUCCAACAUUGCGUUUAGAUGAUAUACAAUUUGAUUCCAAAUUAAUGAAAGUUGAUAGAAAUGUGAUUCUAACUGAGUUAAAUAUCAUUGUAGAUACAUGUAAAGAAAUCGUGGAAAAGGUAGCAAAAGAAGGUAAUAAUACUAAUGGUCAGCAACCAGGUUUAGCUACCCAGAAUGUAAAAACUGAUAAUGACGAUCAAACUGAGUAUAAUAAUGAAGAAUGUAACACAACUAAUGCAAAUUCGGUGAAUGUAAAGAGUAAUGAUAUGGGUGUGGAGGUAAAGGAAGAGAAUGACCAACAAGCUGAAGAUAUUAAUGAUGAAAAUGAUAAAAAUAAAAGAGGAAAAAGGGGUGUCCGAACCACUGCAACCCCAUCUACUGGUGAAAAUGUAGAAGCAACUGAAGUUUCGAAGAAGGAGGAAGCCAACAAUAAUGACAAUGAUAAUAAUAGUGGCGGUGGUGAUGGUGGCGGAUUUUUUUCAAAAUUUAUGAAAUUUACAAAAGGUAGCACUGGUGCUAAGAGGGAAGAUGAAAUAGAAGGAAAGGGAAUAAAAGCUAAGACCGAAGAUGAUGGUGUUAAAGAUGAGUUGGAUGAUGAUAUAGUAAAAGAUGAAUUAAAUGAUGAAAGUGAUAAUAAUAAUAAAACAAAAGGUGAAAGAGGAAGGAAAAUAGAUGCAUAUACAUUUUAUAUUGGUACUAAUAAAGCUAAUGCUUUAGAUUUAUGCCAUAGAUUACAAUUAUUUAAAAGUUUGCAUGAUUUUAUAAAGGAACAAAAUAAUGAUAAUGAAUAUAGUUUUAGGUUACCAUUAAAACCUCCUCAAACUAAUCCGAAUAAUGAAAUUGUAAAUAAUGAUAAUGUGGUAGAUAGUGUGGUAGAAAAUGUGGAAGUAAAUAAUAAAAGCGUUGUAAAGAAUGAUAAAAUAAAAAAUAAAAAAGAUGAAGUCGAAGGAGCAGGUGCUACUACUACUACUGCAGAUGUAGAAGAAGAAGCAACACUGAAUUUAACAACUACAUCAGAAACAAAACAAGAAGGAAAAACUUCUAAUGAAUGUGAAGCUACAGAAUCAUCUAUGGUUGUAGUAGGUGGUAAUCCUUCUGAUGAUUAUUUAAAAUUAAAAUUACCAAAUUAUAUAUUUGAUCAUUUGAGAGAUUUAUCUACAAAAGAUGUAAAAGCAUGGACUAAAGAAGAUGAUGAAAAUUUAAUAAAAGGUAUUUAUAUAUAUGGUUUUGGUUCAUUCAAUGAAAUAUGUGUAGAUGUGAAUUUAAAUUUAGAGCAUAUGAAAAAUAUAAAAUGGGAUAAAAUAAAAAUGCGAUGUAUCAAAAUAUUGAAAAUGAUAGAGGAGUAUACAUCUAAUAAUAAGGAAGGUACACCUGGUAAGAAACGACGACGAGCUAGAGGAAAAAAUAAAAACCAUGAUGAAAUAAAAGAAGAAUAUGAUAAUGGUAAUAAUAAUACAUCAAUUAAAUCAGAGGGAACUGGUGGAAUAAAUAAGAGUAAUAGUAUAAAUGGUCGACACAGUAUUAAUAAUUAUGGACGAAGAAGUAGUGAACGAGUUAAAGCUAUUUAUUCACAAGAAGAUAAAGAAAAUGGAGGGAUAUUAAAGAAAAGAGUAGUAUCUUCUAGAAAGGGAGAAAGAGAUAAUAAAAAUAAUAGUACACAUCUUGGAAGUAAUGGAACAAGUUCUAAAUUAGAGAAUGUAUAUGAUAUUAAUAAUAAAGGAGGAGAAAAUACAUUAUUGUCCUCAUCAACACUUGAUAAAAGAAGAAGAAGAGGUAUUUCAUCCAAAUCUUCAAAUGUAACAUUAAAAAAUGAAAAAACAAAUAGUAAAUGUAUUAUUGAAUCGUCUGAAUGUUCAUCUUCAAAUGAACAGAAAAGUAAUGGAAGUGAUGAUGAUGAUGAUGAAGAAGAAGAUGAUGAAAUAAAUACUAAUAUUGUAAAAAGAUCUGGUCGUAGUGGAAGUAACAGAAGUAGUAGAAUGAAUUCAUAUGAAAAUUAUAAAUUAACAAGACGUAGAAGUACUAGAACACGUAGAGGAGGAGGUAAUGAUUCCAUUGUGGGAAGUGAAUGUGUAAACUCAAUUGAUCCUGAUGGAGAUGAUGAAUAUCAUAAUGAUUCAAAUGAUCGAAAAAAAUUAAAAAAAAAAAAAAAAAAAAAAAAAAAGUUAACAGAUGAAGAAAUUAUAGAAAUAAUUAAAAAUAGCAAUUUAAGAGAAAUGGAUCAACAUAGUAUAAAUAAAUUAACAAAAAAACCUUUGAAAAAAUAUAAAAAAUUAUUAAAAAUAGUAAAAAAGGUAUUAUCUUCAAAAACAAAUGAAUUAGGACAAGCUGAGGAACAAGUAUCUGAUGAUAUUCGUAAAAAAACGGAUGAACUUAUUUUCUAUAUUGGGAAUUAUAUUGGUAAAUUUUUUGAUCAUUGUGUAGAUAGUGAAUGUAAAGAUAUAUUAAAUAAUUCUGGUUGGGAAUAUAUAUCUAAUUUUGUGAACGAAACAAGUGAAAAUUUAAAGGAAAAAUAUGAGAAAUUUAAAUCCUCAAACUUAAAAGAUAGUGAUAAUGCUGAUAUAACAGAGGAAAAUAUUAUCUCAUUUUUUUAUUCCAAAAAAUGUUCGGGUUUACUUUGUCCUGAAGAUGAUCCAGACGAUGUAAUGGAUGAAUAA